GAGACGGUCGUGUGGAUACAAGCAAGCAGUCUGUGGUGCGACAUCCCAGUGAAGCUACGAAGUAAUAGGUGUACUCCUCUGCGCAGAGGAAUAAGCGUUAGUAGAUGGACGAACGUUAGACUGAGCUUGUGGAGCAGACUUGUAAUUUUAGACGGAUCCCUUAAAAGCAGGAGCUAGUGUCAAGAUGGUCAACGCAUUACGCACGAUGGUAGUCGGGAAAUUCUCUGUUCUUAAUAGGAUAUGUCCUGUGCUCUCUUCAUCACGAAAUUUUAUACCAUGGGCUCCUGUGCAGCUCUCAAGCGCGCGAUGCCGUGGCUUGUCUUCUGUGGCUGGAGUAGCCCCGUCAGUAGGCACAAUAGACUCUCGCACACAACCUCGGCCAUUCUCGGACAUUCCGGGACCCAGGUCAUGGCCGAUUUUGGGCACCUUGCCAACUGUGUUUACUGACCCAGCCUAUGACUCCUCUCGGCUUCCACGUUUCUGGGAAUCCUGCUUCAAGAAAUACGGUCGAAUUUUCAAGCUGCAUCAGCUCGGGCAGGGAGAUAUUGUAUUUAUAUGUGAUCCUCAAGACACUGAACAUCUUUUUAAAGAAAUGUUUGACAAUCCAGUCAGACCAUUUUUCUUCUCCAUUAAGAACGUUCGCUCUAACCACAAGAUCAAGUUUUUCAAGGAAAAUGGAGGUGGAAUAUUUGUUGAGCAAGGAGACAGCUGGUGGCGGGUGAGGAAACAGGUUCAGGUACACGCAAUGAAGUACAGGACUGUAGCUCAUUACCUUCCACAGGUCGACCAGGUGGCACAGGAGUUCGUCUCCAGGUCAGCCGGACAGCGGGACCAAAAGAAUGAACUUCCUGGUGACUUCGUACAGGAGAUGUUCAAGUGGGCGCUGGAGUCACUUAGUCUGGUGGCUCUCAAUCAACGAAUUGGAUGCCUGGAGAACAGCAAGGAAGGAUUGAAAAUCAUCAACUCAUCCAUCAACAUGAUGAGUGCAGUAGGUGACUGUGAGUUUGGUAUCCAAUUGUGGAGGUACUUCCCCACGACUGCACUGAGAAACAUGUGGAAGGCUCAUGAUGAACUUCUCGAAGUAAUUUUGGAGAAGGUGCACGAAGCUAAGAGGAACCUGGAAGCACGCGAACCUGGUGAUACUACAGAGUUGAACAUCCUGGAGUCUCUCAUCACAACCCCGGACCUCUCCUUUGAGGACGUUGUCACCUUCAUGGUCGACCUCUUCUUCGCUGGUAUAGACACGACAUCAAUGACGACGGUGUUUACCAUGUACUACCUGGCUCGGAACCCUGAGAAGCAGGCGCGGCUGCAGGAGGAACUUGACCAGGUGUUGGGCGAUGGUAGUCAACCUCUUACUACACACCAAAUGGCAAAGCUUUCUUAUCUUAAAGCCUGUGUGAGGGAAACUCUCAGAGUCAUGCCGAUAGUGCCAGCUGUAACUAGGAAACCAACGGAGGAUAUUACACUUCACGGCUACAGAGUCAAAGCUGGAACUUGGGUGUUCGUUAACGUUCAACAGUCUGGCAAGAAUGAAGAUUACUUCCCUCGGGCAUCAGAGUUCCUGCCUGAGCGAUGGCUGAGGAGCCAAGAAGACCCUCAGCCUAACCAGUUCGCUUCCAUCCCCUUCUCUAUAGGUACUCGCAUGUGUGUUGGCCGGAGAUUGGCCGAGCAGGAGAUUUACGUCCUUCUCGCACGACUGUUUUCGAAAUAUAACUUCGAGUACAAGUACGAUGAGUGGGAUCCCACAUUCAGGGUUCUUCAGAAUCCUGACAAACCUCAGAAGUUUACCAUGACAGAGCGUUGAUGAUCCUGUGUCCGUCUUCUUUUCUCUACGCCUUCACUUUUUUUUUUUUUGCAAUGUUAUAUGUUUUACCUUAAAAAUAUUAAUAUCUGGCUCACAGCAAGUUCCCAGUUAUCUUUUUUUUGGGCCUAUUUGUUUUGCAUUUGUUUUAUAAUAACAAAAAUGUUGUGACAACGUUUCGCUCUGUUUAGAGCGAAAAGAUGACAGAAUAAAACUUUCUUUUCUC